AUCAGUAGAGCAAGACAAGGCUGCUGCACCACGAUGAUCGGAACAUUGGCUGCUUUGACUCUUUUUACUCUGUCGUUCAUUCAGGCUGUGGAGGAUUCUCAGCAGAUGUCUGUGACUGUGGCUGAACCUGGUCACAGUGUUACUCUUCAGUGUCGAUUCUCUGACAAAGAAAGUAAAAUAUUGCACUGGAACAAGGAAACUCUUGGACAUUUGCCCGAGAUUGUAGCAGAAGUAGUUUUUGGUAAAGCAAAUGUUCUUAAAGAGUUUAAAGGUUCACGUUUCUCGGCCAGAACAGAUGAGGAUCUGCAUUUUUUCACCAUCACAAACGUCACCAAAGAAGAUGAAGCCGUUUAUUUUUGUCAAAGCAGAGCAACAUAUGGACAAACAUUCAUCAACGGCACAUUCUUGUCUGUGAACGAUGGAAAUCAGCUAAAACCAGUCUAUGUGAGGCAACAUCCUGAGACAGAGUGGGUCCGGCCGGGGGACUCUGUGACUAUGAACUGUUCACUCGUCUCCAACAACAACGUCCAGUGUCCCAGUGAGCACAGCGUGUACUGGUUCAGAGCAGGACCCAGUGGGUUCAGUCCAGGAGUCAUUCACAGACACAGGACUGAUGAAGAGGAGACGGGCUGCGUCUACAGUCUGUCCAGAACCAUCCAGGACUCCUCUGAUGCUGGGACCUACUACUGUGCUGUGGUCACAUGUGGACGGAUCCUGUUUGGUGAAGGAACAAAUGUGGAGACAAGAACAGCAUCGAGUCCACUGGUGGCUGCUCUCGGGGGACUGUUAGCCUGCUGUGGGGCAGUCAUCACCAUCCUCAUAUGUUACAUAGCUCAGACGAAGGCGUGUGUCUGUAAAGGAACAAGGAGUCAUUCCCAUCAUAAGACACCAAUGGUGGAUCAGUCAAAUGAUCUGGUUGGUGAAGCCCCAGUCCUGAACUACGCAGCUCUGGACUUCUCAAGCAGGAGAAUGAAGAAGGGGACGAUGAACGCGCUGCCACAGGAGGGUUUCUACUCUGUGGUUAGAGCAGAGGAUCCAAACCAGCGAUGAUCGACUCUAUUCAAAGAUCACGUGACUGACCAACCGCUGAAUGUGCUGCUUCCUUUACAGAUACAGGCGACAGUUCUUUAUGAAACCAUACGGAAAUUAAAAUUGAGAAAUCUUU